UGUUGAGCUCCUCAAAUAACUGUGUUUGCCGUUCUUCUGGUCCGGAGACUUUCCACGAUGGGCAUGACCUCAUUCAGCUGCAAAGGCCUUCUUCUGAUUUCAUCCCUUUUCCACUCAUCUGACACAGCCCUGGAGAGGAGCAUGGCAGUGCCAGGAAAUGGCAGUGUGCCAGCCCUCGUGAGAACAGCCUUGUCAAUAGUCAAGAGUCUCCCUGGGUCUUCCAAUGUCAUCUUCGCUGAUCAUGAUAACUACGAGCUUCAAGUCUUGAUGAAGGCACUGAGCGGGUCAGCGGUGUUCCAAGGAAGUGCUUUGUUCAACCCAGAGACAGCAGAUGAUUCAAACAGAACAUCCGUUGAAGAACUUGUCAGGUUAGCGCGACAGGUUCGCCUCGGCCACCGAGAGGUGAAGGUGAUCUUGCUGAGCGACGACCUGACCUUCGUCAGCUCCUUCGGCAGGUUCUCUCUAGAGAGGCGUCUCCUGGGGGGUCACUCGAGACUUCUGGUCGUUGGACGACUGAGUCAGCAGGAAGUCAACGUCCUGUCCAGACACUGGACAUUCUCCAUGAUGAAUACUUUCUUUGUCUUACCCAGUAUCAAGCGAAAGUCGCAAAGAUGGAACCUCUUUACGUACCUGCCGUUCACCGCCUCUGGAAGUCGUCUGGUUCGAGUUGGAUUCUGGACGCAAUCGGAGAAUCUCGUUCUCCCAGAUAGUAAUCUCCUUUUUCCUCAGAAAUUCUCAAAUAUGUACGGCCGAGCUGUCAACGUGUCUGCAUUGCCUUACGAACCUUACUGGGUUGAGGAGAAGACGGCCGAUGGUGGUGUGGAAUAUUCUGGAACGGACAGGCUGAUGCUGGAGGCGAUGGCGGCGUCACUCAACUUCUCCAUCAGUCUUCUGCCAGUGAAGUCCUGGGAAGAAGUCAUCAAAGGAUAUCAAAGUUACUCAGAGCUAAAUAACACUAGUGCAGGACGCACUGCACUGCUUGUUCUCGGACACUCCUGGGCCAAGGAUUAGACAACAGGAGUUGUGCGGUAGUAGUGUCUUCAGC